UUGCAGCACAGCGCGAAUUUACCCUCCUCGUGUUGCUGCUGAAGAUAAUUUAUUUCCAAUGAAAAUAGUUAUUUCAUAUAGUACAUAAUAAAUAAAGAACGAAAAAUUGUGUUAAUUGUUUGACCAUGAUAGCUCCCGUUUGUCGUCAUUUUUCAUUCUGCCAAGAGUUGCAAAACAUACGACAGACGAUUCGUCUUGCGAAUUGGGCGAUUCACAAAACUGGUGGUUCUUAUUCUCGACAUUAUUGUAAUUACAGGUUAAUAAAAGAUUUUCACGGUAACACGUGCUGGCAUCAAUUCUUCAAAAGGAGCUUAUCCACUUUGCCCACUCCGCGUUGCAGUAGUAUUAGUGGUGUACACAAGUAUUUGUGGCAGAAUGAUGAGAAUAAUAACGCAGAGGCUUACAUGAGGACUACGACCGGCUACAAAAACACGUUUUUCGAUCCCAAUAAGCAGCCAAAGAAUAAAGUAUGCCAUCAAGUUGUGCACGAGUUUAUUCAGGCGUCGGUAAACAACGGUGGUCAGCCCAUAAGUUGUCCCUCGAAUAAGAGUACUGUUGACGCCGUGUUAUCGAACUUGAGGGAGCUAACUGACGAAGAGUUGCUCAAAAUUAUUCACCAUCUUCGCUUCUACGCCCCAUCAGAGCAAGCCAACGAUCCAAGUUAUGUACGACUUUGGUCAGCCUUGGAUGCAGAAUGCGUAUCGCGAAUGUCGACCUGGGGUCUGGAUUUCCUCUUCCAAACUGCAGAUGUCUGGUAUGGGGUGAAAUUGGUAAGGUUUUCAAACUUCCAUAAGAAGUUCAUGUUGACCCUUCUCAAGAAAUGUGGCCGGCUAAAGAGGGAACACUUCAUUCGGUUCAUGUACUGCUUAAACUUGGCUAGAACACUUCCAAAUUAUUCGGCAAAAUAUGAAAUUCAAGAUUAUUUGAGAACAGAGGUGGACACUAUGAAUCAUCAAGAGGCCUCCAUCGUAGCAAUGUCGUGUUUCAAAACUGAGACGAAUAUAGAUGACCCAGUAAUAGUUGAAAAAUUGCUCAACAUUGCUAUUUCUGCGAGACAGGAAAUUGACUAUAUUUCGAUUUCUGCCGUUGCCAAAUUUGCUAGAUUUACCUCAAGUCCGAAACUCAAACCCGUGUUGAUCAAAUUGCAAGAAGCGUUUCUUCCCGAGUUGGGAAGGUUGAACGUUCACUCAAGCGUACAUCUAGCUCUGGUUGGAACCAAGACUCAAUUGGCACACAAACCUCUGCUUAACGCUGUGGUGGAAAUUAUCCAGGACAAUAUAGAGAGUGCAAGACUUAAAGACUUGGAGCGGAUUGCAUUGGUCAUGACAAUGUUUGACGUAGAUUGUGACAAAUUGGGCUGGCUCAUUGUGGAAGAACUAGCGUCUCCACGAAGAACGGAAGAGAUUAAAGAGUAUGGCCGCUGUCUUCCUGCAAUUCUUCACUAUCUGAGCAUUAGGGAGAUAUUUCCACAGAAUUUGAUAAAUUAUGUCUUGGGAGAAAAAUUUGUACAAACAUAUUAUGCAAAUACAUCUGAAAUUUACCUUCGAGAACUUUUGUGUUUGGAUUUUUGUGCCGAACUGGAAAUCGUGGGAUACACUGGAGCAAGACUUGACAAAAUAGCCAGAGACAAAAUAUCUAAAGGCCACAUUUCAAGAGUUUCUAAACCCCUCGGACCAAAGUUAUCAGCCUAUGAAGUAUCUCUCAGGAAAUUGACUACUAUUUUAGAGUCAUUUUUGGGCGGACCAGAGUAUUGUGUUAUUUCCAACAUUCUGCCACAUCAUCAUUGCAAAAAGAUUAUAUUUUGUACUGAUGCAACUGGAAAACCUUCCCCGAUUCCUCAUCAUUACCGAAACCUCCCAGAACAUGAAAUCAAGUAUUUGAAUGGGGGAGAUCUACAGUUCCAUGUAAUGUACGCUUGCAACAGGAGCGAUUUUAUUCCUUCGGAAAAAAAGUUGACAGGAUCCGGAAACCUAAUUAUUCGACAAUUAAAGAAGCUGGGAUAUCGGGUUCAUGUGAUAUUCCCACCAUUCACGGUUACCCAAGUAAACGACGUAAUGCAAAAAUUACUGUGAUUAAGUAUUUAUUGUACUAAUUUAUUCUUAAUUAAAAUAUAUAUCAUAUAUAAUAUAUCUAUAGCGUAUGAUGACAAACAA